AUGGCUUCUCAUCUGCGCGCUUUACUCCAUGUUCUCCAAGGAUCUAUCGAAAGAAUCGAAAAGGAAUGCCAGCGUUCUGGCGUUGACUUUCCUGUUCUCGAUGAGCCUUACACGCCAGACAGCGAAUCUAUUCGUCUGACGCCGGCUGUACAAGAGGCUUCUAUUCUCAUAACGGCGGCGGCUUAUCAGUUAAUUGCUGUGGUGCAGCAGCCUCAAAUGCACGUUUUCAACGCAGGAUGCAGCUAUUAUUUGUCUGCUUCGUUGAGAGCUGCGAUAGAAACAAACGCUGUCGAAAUUCUGCGCGAAGCUGGUCCUAAGGGCUUGCAUGUAACCAAAAUUGCUGCUCAAAGCAACGUUGACCACAUGAAGCUCUCAAGAAUCAUGCGUUUCUUGGCCACUUAUCACAUCUUCAAAGAAAUUUCACCCGACGUAUACGCUAAUAACCGUCUCUCAUCCAUCUGUGACACUGGUAAACCGGUCGCGGAACUUUUAGACAGACCCCUUGAAAAGUAUGACGGAACCAACGGAAUUGCAGCCUUGAUUGGACAUUGUACAGACGAAGAUUAUAAAGGAGCCGGAUGCAUCACCGAACACCUCACUAAUCCCGAGACGGCGUUCGAGGAUUCUCCAGAGCGUUCACCCAUGAUGCAAGCGUUUGGGUGCGAUGUCGGAGUGUGGAAUUGGCUCGAGAAGCCUUCAAAUCAGCUGCGGCUGCAGCGAUUCGGAGUAGCCAUGGAUGGCGUCAGUCGCAUGCAGCCACAGGAUUCCAUCCUCAAAGGCUUUGAUUGGGGUUAUCUCCCCGACGAUAGCAUAGUCAUUGAUGUAGGGGGUGGGAUUGGUGUUUCCUCUAUCACCCUGGUAAAAGCGCAUCCCCAUAUCCGAUGUAUAAUCCAAGACAGGCCUUCGGUGGUUGCACAAGGGAAGAAGCAUUGCGAGCAAGUGUUACCUCAUGCGCUUGUGUCCGGGAGGAUCCAAUAUAUAGGCAUCUCACUAAUUGAAAUGCUAGAGCACGACUUUUUCCAAGUUCAACGCCAGCUAGAUGCCAGCGUCUUUCUUCUCAAGCAGAUUACCCAUGACUGGUCGGACAAAUACGUAACUCGGAUCCUUCGGCGAUUGCGGGAUGCUUCUACAGCUACUACUAAAUUGGUCCUCAUUGACUGCAUUAUUCCUCACUCGUGCUCGGCUGUGGAGGUUGAUAUACCUGGUGCAAAUUCUCCUGCUCCGCCAGCACCACUGCUUGCCAACAUGGGCGCCGCCAACGCUUCCCCGUAUUUCACCGACCUUUCGAUGUACGUGCAUUUCAACGGCCAGGACCGAACAUUGGCCCAUAUUGUGGGGUUAUUGAAUGAGGCUGGUUGGGCUGUGGAACGUGUGCAUCCAGGUGAUAGCAUCGGUAAUUAUCUUCCCCAGAUCAUCGCGAAGCCGGCGUAG